UUCCUCAACUUUGUUUUGUUUAUAUUUAUCUUCGAAAAUGUUCUUUCGACUGCUGCCGUACUUUGUGGUAGUGCAGUUUGCAGUUACGUUAAGCUUGAAUAGUGCCAGACUUUCAUAUUCUUGGAGCUGUUUCAUAGCUUUCCAAAAAUCGUUAACGCUUUGGUUUUCCCAGCCACCAUUCUUCACAACAUCGUCAAUUAAUAAUGAUCUCCACUGACGAUCAAUGUCAAGAAGGCUGGCGUCUCCCUUCAACCGAGGCAGAUGCUUUGCCAGGGUUCCUGCUGCUGUCUGUGCAGCUUUGUCUUUAACAAUUACCCUUGGUGUAAUGUCUUCCAUGGCAUUCAGGACGGGGUCUGAAACAUCGACUCGUUUCAAAAUCUGUCUCACUGCUUCCUAAUACCAAUUGCGACAUCUCUUCAAAAAGCUUUCCAUCUCGUGUGGCCUCAUUUCCUUCAUGGUUUCACUUGCCAUUAUUCCAGGAUAAACCUCACUGAGUGGGUGCCAAUCCAUUUCCUUGUCAACAUCAACUGCCAUUACGUCUUUUACCGUUGUCUUCAGGAAACUGUGGCAGAACACUUUCAGCACUCUCUCUACUUCAGGAAGUAAACUGUGAAGCUUGAAGGAUUCUGACUGGAACAUCGCGUUUAAACCAGCGAGAUCACCAAGCACAAACUCCAUAAAUUCAAUAGUUCCUUAGAUACUGCAAUGCCUGAUGUAUUCUUUCUGCUGGAGGAGACUUUGCAUCCAUGAUCUCUGAUGUAAAAUAUAGAAGUAAUGCAGGCCAUUGUUGCAAGAUACGCGUUACACAUUGUGACAAUGAAAGCCAACGUGUUUGGCAUGGCUUCAGAAUCUUGUGGGGCUGACAUUGAACAAAAUGCUGAAACUGCUCAAAACUUUUCUGUCUAUUUGGCGAGUUUUUGAAAUAAUUAUAGACAUCAUGAACCAGUUGUUCUGCUGUUUGUGAAAGACAUUCGCAUGCGUGACUUGCAACGAGAUGAAAUGAAUGGCAAAAGCAUUUCAAAACAUAUAUAUCACGAGCCACACUUUUGAUUCGUGUAAGCAUAGAGUUGCUUUGUCCUUGCAUCAGGCUCUCGCCGUCAGAUGCAUAGCCUACGACUAUUUCCCAGCCAAUGCCAUCUUUCUUAAGGGCUGCUUCCAGCGAGUUGAAGAGACCAUCUGAAUCGCCUUGUUCAACAGGUAUCAAGCGAUAAAGGUAUGUUACUGGAUCAAUUUCAUCCAAAAGGCGAACAUUGACACAGAAGAUUUUCUUCAUUGUUAUGUCUGUUGCCUUGUCGCACAAUAUUGAAAAUCCAGUUCCAUUCUUAAUCUUUUCAAUCAAUGUUUCAUGAGCGUUGACAGCAAGACAUUCUGUCAACAAAUAUGUCCCUUUAGUUGCACUGCAGGUCAUACCAUUAAUUCCUUUCGAAUCAUUGGCGAUGCAAUGAAGAGUCUCCACCAGCUCAUUUAGAAGGUUGAAAAAAAGAUUCUUCCUUGCUAAUAAAGCCACUGUGUUGAGCUCAGCCUUUACUCUCGUGUAUGUAGCGGCAGAGACAAAUGCUGUAACUGGUCGAUUUGUUUCAUCAAUUUUUGCAUUUUUUUUAUGCUGGCCUGACUUCGUGUGUGAAAUCAAUUCUGAUUUCCCUACAGCGAGAUCUAUUUUGCAAAAAUUGCAAUACGCUUUACCAUUAUGAUAUUUUGAUACGGACAGCCAGGCUCUAGCCCAUUCUUCCUACUCCCAUUCUCUUCUAUACUUAUGAGCUCGAUAUUUUUUUUCUUUCGACAUUUUGCUGCACUUUCUGAAAUCAAGCUCCAAAUUAAUAUAGCUAUUCCUGUUUGAUUCCUUUCCUUCAAAAUAUGCGUGUUUACGAUUGCAGUUUGUCCACAAAGGAUUUCGCGAAAACAGAAGUGAAACAUGUUAUGUCGUUUUAAGAGACCGCCAAAAAUAACACAUGUGAAGUCUAAAGAUCUCAACACCCUGACGAGAAGAUAAAAAUUAGCUUAUUUCCGCUAAACAAUAGCAAUUGACGCCUUGCAUUUUCUGAACUAAAACAGCUGCUCAUUAAUAGCUUUGACGAUAGCGACUUUUAAAGGAGAGAGAGAUUUCGAUCCAAACCAAAAAUAUCGGAACAGCUUAUUUCCCCUACAAAUUAUAAAAAAUUCCCUACACCUGCCCAUUUUCCCCGUAGGUUUUCCGUACUCCCUACAUAGUUCGAUUUUCCCCUACUUAAGGGGAAUUUCCCUACGUGUUGGAGCACUGAAAAUUAAACCACCAUUUAGUAAGAAAAGCGCGCGGCAACAUUUGAAUGAAAACAAAAACAGAACAAUCAAUUUAUCAGGUAUCUGUUUGAGCAAUUAUAUUGUAUUGUUUAUUCUAAUAUUAGAUUAAAUGAAUUGGUAACUAUUACCAUACACAAAAUAUAACAGCAAAAUGGUGUCAAAAGUUGUUUGUGAUUAACAAUUUUUGUACUAGAAGAAUUUAUCACCAUGGAAUUUAACGCCAACCCUUUCAAUUUUCACAACAAUGGACAAGAAAGGAAGCCAUAUGCAAAUUUGAAGUAUGUGAUCUCAUUGGUUAAAUUAGCAAAAGCAAUGUCCUCAAAUUGGGUUCCCAUCGUUUUUAUUAAUCGAAUGAAAUGUGUUUGGGAUUCGCAUCUGUCUGUUCGCAAAUCGGAAAUCGCGUGCGAAAUGCGAAUUGCGCGAGAAGUGGAAAUGGGCCUUGAAAAAAGCAGCUGGUGAUAAUUUUCAACUGAAAAACAAGAAAAAUCGUCGGGUAGACCGCAGAAUACUGAUGAUAGAAGAUAAAGUCGUUCUACAUUGGGCAAUCAAAGAACAGAAAAGGGGAAUCUUAUCAUUACAUGCCAAAGCCUUUUUACAUAACAUGAACAGUCAGUAGACGAUGUCACUGCAAUGAACAUGCUGUGCUGAGGAACCAAUACAUGAUACAGGAUCAUGGGCCUUUCUCUGAAGAUAUUUACUCAAGUAUCGCUGAGCACAAUAACUGUGACGUCAUGCUUUCUGAACUUUUGCCUGUUACGCUACAUAUUGCGACGGAGCGAGAUCCACGUAAAAGACAAGUUGACGAUAAGUUUAGCGGUCAGCGACCUAAUGCGGUCCCUAUUCGGCUACGUCAUGGAGAUAUCACUACGGCUCAACGACCACUGCAACCUGGUCGGUGCUACCAUCAGUUUAUUGAGCUUUGCAGCGAUCAAUCACCUGGUGCUUAUAAUGUUCGAUCGAUGGCUGAUUAUCACUCAGUCAGCUCUGGGCCGACGCUACCACGCAUCCGGCGUUGCUGUUCAUCUCUCACUUGCUUUUUGCUGGCUCCAUGCCACUGUUUUUGCAAUGAUGCCGUUUGUGGGUCUUGGAGCAUAUGGACUCGAUUCUGAUGGACUGCGUUGUCAAGUGUCAUGGCGAGAAAGAGGCUUCAGGCAUCGUUUUUAUCACAUAAUGUUGUUUUUUUUCUACUUCUUCGUACCGUUGCUCCUGAUGACAACGUUCUUUGUCUCCUUGCGGAAAACGAUUCGUGUUUCAAGAGUAGCUGCUGGAGACACUUUUCAGAUAACAACAGCAAAUUUCAUUACAAAACAGCGAAUUAAGGCAGAGCGUCGGUGCACGUGGAUGUUUACAACAAUGUCGAUUGUGUUCGCCUUUGCGUGGCUUCCGUAUGCAAUCAUUUCCUUUUGCUAUGCGUUCAUUAACGCAACAACCUUUAUAAGCAGCAGUUUAGAAACGGUGGCCGUCAUUCCAGCAAAAGCAUCCACUAUUUACAGUCCUGUGGUUAUCGCUGCGUAUGAUUCAGGUUUUCGUAGGCUCAUUAGAAGAACAAUGGCGUUUAAGAAAGCUGCCUCAGUGAAUGAUGUAGCAGUCAUUCCAACUGUGGGCAGCCGACGUCGCCCCGACAAUAGCUGACGUCGCCAGGAUAAAGUUACAAUGAUAUCUGAGAUUUUCAUUAUAUUACUCAACUUUAUCUAAGAUUAACAGACUUGUAUUUAAUAGUUAAAGAUGCUCUUAACAAAUGAGGUACUCAAAGGAUUGCUUGACAAACAAAUUUAAUGGUAUCUUUUAAAUUUUGAAGGGCAUUAUACCCUAUGGUAUUAUACAUUAUAAAACUAAAUAAGGCAGCAGAAUUUAGUUAGGUCAGAUCAUUGUCGUGUUUACUAAAUUUAUAAAUGAAAAGUGGAUGAAGAAAAUCCCCCGAUAGGUAGAAGCCAAUCUUCUUUCCUAGUAUUGAAACACUAACCCUACAAAUAAUAGGUUGAAAAUCUGAAUCUUCUUUAUUGCUCUGAUUCUAAACA